UGAAUAGCUCUUUUAACAUCAUAAUCGUAAUUACAAAAUGUCGGUUACAAACGUACUUGCCAUUGAUUGUGAAAUGGUUGGAAGUUAUAAUAAAAACUUGUUAGCGCGUGUAUCCAUUGUGAAUCAGCAUGGAAGUACUAUUUUUGACGAAUAUGUUAAACCUACAUCAACAGUUACUGAUUAUAGGGCUUUUGUAGACAAGAAGUGGAAAUUAGAAAAUGGCAGAGACUUCUCCCUUGUCAAAAACCAAGUGGCCAAUCUUAUACAGGCACGUAUUUUAGUAGGGCAUUCAAUACAUUUCGACCUUGAAGUCUUGCAAUUGUCUCAUCCUGAGAGCAAGCGCAGAGAUUUGGCGAAAUACAACCGUCUCCAGCGAAAUGGCCAGCCUGUGGCUCUCAAGACUCUUUCCAAAAAUUAUUUAGGAAGAGAUAUACAACCAACCGCUUACCAUGACUCCGUGGAAGAUGCAAAGGCAUGCAUGGAUAUCUAUCUAAAACUUGCCAAUGAAUGGGAAAAAAAUUAUUAAA